AUGACAUAUUUACGAAAUAUCUUACGAUACAAAAAUGUUUUGAAGAAUUAUGAGAAUGUUUGGAUUGGACAUUACUGUAACAAAAUGAAUAUCGAAUUUAAACAAUUAUAUUUUAAAAUUGAUAAAAAAAUUAUACAUAAUGAAAUUGAUAAAAACAUAAAAAAUAAAAAGGAAAAUACAACCACAUAUGCAUAUUUAAAAAAUAUAUUUUUUGUAACAUUUUUAUUUUAUGGUACAUAUGAAAGUAUAAAUUUAGCUAAAAAUGUAAAAAGCCUUAUAGAAGAAAAUCCAAAAUUAAAUAAUAUUAUAGACGUAAAAAUAAGCUCAACAAAAAUAAAAUUCGAACAAUUUAUAUGCCAAUUAAAUGAUAAUGUGUUUAAAUAUAUAAAACAAAAUGUAAAUUUAAAUAUUAUUUUAAACUAUAUUAAUGAAUUUGUUUUUUAUUUAUUAAAUUAUACUUAUUUGUUUAUUCAGGUUGUUAUAAAAAAUUUCACACAUUUUUUGGCUUCGCCACUGAGGGUAAAUACAUUACUAGAGAUAAAGGGAACUAAAAUUGAUGCAAUAAAAAAAGAGAAAAAUGAAAAAGAAUAUAUCAAAAAUGAGCAAAAUAUAAAUAUCAAUUAUGAUGAAAAAAAUGAAGAUUUACAUAAAGACAAUAUAUAUAGUGAUAUAGAAGAUGUAAUUCAUGCUUUUGAAAAAUUAGAAAAUUUCAAAAUUCAUAAAAAUAAUAAUAACCUUAAAAUUGACGAAUCUGAUAAAAUUAGCUUAAGAGAUGUUGAAAGAUUGCAAGACAAAAAUAAUUCAUAUUUUGACAGUAACAUAAAAGAGGAUGAAACAGAAUGGUGUAUUAAAAGUUUGAAUGAAAAAGAUAAAAAUGUAGGGACUUAUGAAAAUACCACAAAUGGAAACAAAACAACAUCAUCUAUAGCAAAACAAAAUUUAUCUUUGCAAACAGACAACCCAGAGGAAAUUAUGAUAGAACUUGAAGAAAAUAUGCAAUUGAACGAAAUUGAAAAUAUGAAAAAAGGACAAAAUGGGAUUGUAAAUGAGGUAUUAAAAAUUAAGGAUGGCAAAGAUGAUCUUCUUGUAAUUAUUAAAAAUGAUGAGAAUAUUGUAGAUAAGGAAAAUGCACAAUUAUCUAAGAAUAUAACCAAUCAUAAUACGGAACAAAAAGAAGAAGGAAAUAUCAUACCAAAGAAUACAUGCGAUGAACCGAUAGUAAUUCCCGAGAAAAAAACAAAAACAGUUGAGCUUGAAAAAGAAAAUGAGACAUAUAAUACUGACGAAACAGUCAAACCAAUUAAUAGUAAAAAAGACGAUAUAAUAAAUAAUGACAAAUAUAUAAAAAGAAUAUUAGAAAAAGAGAUAGCCAAUUUUAAAACAGAUAUAAAUAGUUUAAGUAAAGAGGAUUUACAAAAUAAAAUAGUUGACAUGUUUGUAAAUGAACUAAUUAACGAAAAAUAUAAAGAUAUAUUACUUGAAGAAGAAAAGGAGGUAUUAAAAAAAAUAUUAACAAUUAAAUAUAAUGAUAUUUUUUUAAAAAAAAAAAAAAAAAUCGAAAAAGUGUUAAAAAAAUCAAUGUUAAAAAUGUUAAAAGAAGAAGAAAAGUUGUUGAAAGAAAAUUAUGAAAAAAAAAAAGAAAGGUUUGAAAAUAGCAUAAUUGAUAAAACUAAAAAAGAAAUAGAUAUAGAGAAAAAUAAAAUGAAAAACGAAUUAAAAGAAAUUGAAGAAAGUUACUUAAAAAAAAUAAAUACUUAUGCAUAUGAUAUAAAUAUAUUAAAGGAAAAUAUAACAAAAGAUCAAAUUAGACAAUUGAAAUUACAGCAUAUAAAUGAUAUACAACAUCAAUUGGUUUAUUUACAAAAUUGUAUAAUUCAUGAUUUAUCUAUCGAUCCAAUUUUAAAGGAUUUAAAAAAGCAUUUAGAAAAAGAUACAUUCUUAGAACAAACUCUUAAAGCAUUACCAGAUAAUUUCUUUACAUGUACAUAUAAACUAACUAAUAAUAGCCAGGAACAAAUUAAAAGAAAAUUUUAUUAUUUAUAUAAAUUGAGUGUAAAGAAAGCUUUUUAUGAACAUUCAAAUAAUUAUUUAUAUAAAAUAUUAAGCAAUUUAUUUUCUUAUUUUUAUAUUAACUAUGAGACAACCUCUAAUAUAAUAUUGACCCGAGCUCUAAAAAAUAAUUCGGUUUUAAAAGAAAAUUUAUUAAAUUUAUCUUAUGCAUUAAAUAGUGCAAGACAAAAUAAAUUCAUAGACUCAUUACAAUAUAUAGACGGAUUAACUGGUGGGUGUAGACAAACAUUUGAAUCAUUUAAUGAAGAUAUAAAAAAUGUUACUUUGUUUAAAUUUUAUCUUAGACUAGCUGUAUCGAGACUAACACUAUUGAGCAAACUUAUGAGAACUUGUUCCGAGGAAAAUUAA